AUGAUGAAUCUUAAACUUAUAUUUGUUGAAUUUGGUUAUUGGCUUAUUAAUUUACUGGACUGCGGGUUCACCCGUCAGUAUAUCUUUAAUAAUAAUCUUAUGAACUCUUUGUUCACACUGGUUUGGAAUACUGAUAACACGUCACAGAGUGAUAAGACGUCUGGAGCGUCUAAUAGUGGUUGCUGUGACGGAAAACAGGAACUUGAAUACAACGCUGAGAAGACGACUGAAGAGAUGGAUCCAUCUAAUGAUGACUACCAGAAGAAGACUGAAGAUAUGGAAAGGGAAACAUUGUUGCUUAGACAACAGAAUAAGGACAAAGAGAAGAAGAUCGAAGAUUUUCAAAAGGAAAAUCUGUUGUCUAAACAACAGAGGAGGGACAAGGAUAGUAAGAUAAGCGAUAUGGAACAGGAGAUGGAAAUUUUGAGGACAAAUCUUGAACGGUUGAAGUCCCGGGCAAAGGAGAACGACACUGAGGACAUGAGUAGCCAUAAUGCAGCUGAUGGAUCAGAGGACGCUCCAUCCAAAAAGCCUAAAAAAAAGAAAAAUCGCUUUCUUUGGCUAAAAGAUUCUUUGUCGAAACAGGAUGGAGGAAAUCCCAGCAAGAAGAAACCAUGUAAAAUAAAAAAGGUCUUUAAGCAGCUUAAGGAUCGCAUGGCCAAGCUGGCUCCAAGACGUGCUGGUGCUCCCUCUGAGAAGCCUAGAAAAAGGAUGAAAGGCUUCAAAAAGCUCAAGAAUAGUCUAGCAAAUCUGGGUGGUAAACAAAAAGCAGCUGCCUCCAGUGUGAAGAGAGAUUGUUUCCAGCUGCUUAGGGAUGGCAAAGCAGAGCUGGCUAAAGGAAAUUCUGCUGAGGCCAUCAAACUGCUCUCAGAGGCAAUUGAAAUGGGGCAGUUUGAUUUCAUUCCCCUAGGUGAUGCCCUCUUCCACCGAGGAGUGGCUAAAUUCUUCCUGAAACAGUGGGAAGAAGCUAUGGAAGACUGCACAGAAUCCAUCAAACAGGUGAGGCUUCAUGCAAGAUGCUUCCUGGUUCGAGGCUGUUGCUGGAUACUGUUAGGAAAGUAUAAUGAAGCUUUCAAGGAUUUUGAAGAAUAUGUUACUUCCAAUGUUCAUCACCCUAAGGAAUACUAUUGUCUGGCCAAAAAGAUAGAAUGUGAGGCCAAAACAAUAAGAAAAAUAGAGGAUGCCAUGAUUACCCUUGGUGUGUUUGAAAACGCAACAAUGGAGCAAAUCAGAAAGUCAUACAGGGCCCUCUGCUUGAAGUAUCAUCCUGACAAGAACCGAUGGGAUGACACUCAGACCAUAUUGAAGAAGCAAGAAACAUGCAAAAAAAUCAUCACAGCAUAUAAAUUUUUGACAAGUGAAGGGAAUUUUGAGAAAAACCUGGAAAAGUUGCAGAAGUUAAAAGAGAUGAAACUUGAACUUGUGAAGAUUGUUGAAAAACUAUUAUACUAG